UGGUGGGAUUUAAUAAAUGCAGUGAGUGCGUGUCUUUCGGAGUUAGAUGUUUGUGUCACAGACACAGAAAGGGAACGAGAAAACACAGAGAGAAACAAAACAUUGCUUCUUUGAACUUGAUGCUCUUUGCACUGCUAAUACUUGUGAGUUGUGAUAUCUUGAUUAGAGGAAUGUUUUCCAUUAAGUGGAGUUAUUCACAUUAAACUCUUGGGCUGUUAGUGCAUUGUAGCAAAUGUCCUUCCGCAGUAUUGUUCGUGAUGUAAGGGAUGGGUUUGGAAGCUUAUCAAGGAGGAGUUUUGAUGUAAGGAUUUCUGGUGGGGGCAAGUUGAAUAGUUUGGUCCAUGAGGCGCACGAACGCCAGCUAGUUAUACAGAACAGCAGGUGGGCUAGCCUUCCGCCUGAGCUUCUUUGUGAUGUUAUUAAAAGAUUGGAAGAAAGUGAGAGUACAUGGCCUGCUCGUAAGCAUGUGGUUGCAUGUGCUGCUGUGUGCAAGUCCUGGAGAGAAAUGUGCAAAGAAAUUGUUACCAGUCCUGAGUUCUGUGGGAAGAUUACUUUCCCUGUCUCCCUGAAGCAGCCUGGUUCAAGGGAUGGAACCAUCCAGUGUUUCAUCAAGAGAGACAAAUCUAAUCUGACAUACCACCUAUUCCUUUGUCUUAGUCCUGCAUUGCUAGUUGAAAAUGGAAAGUUUCUUCUUUCUGCAAAACGGACCAGAAGAACUACAUGCACAGAGUAUAUUAUAUCAAUGGAUGCAGAUAACAUAUCAAGAUCUAAUAGCACUUACAUUGGAAAACUGAGGUCAAAUUUUCUUGGCACCAAGUUUAUAAUUUAUGAUACACAGCCUCCCUAUAACAAUGCUCAGCUGUCUCCUCCAGGCCGAAGCCGUAGGUUUUAUUCAAAAAAAGUUUCUCCAAAGGUCCCUAGUGGCAGCUACAAUAUUGCCCAGAUCACCUAUGAGUUGAAUGUCCUUGGUACUAGGGGCCCGCGCAGAAUGAACUGCACCAUGCACUCGAUCCCUAUGUCAGCCCUUGAGCCUGGUUGCACUGUCCCGGGCCAGCCAGAGCUCCUUCCCCGCUCCCUCGAAGAUUCCUUCCGGAGCAUAUCCUUUGCUAGAUCGAUUGACAACUCAACCGAGUUCAGCAGCUCCAGGUUCUCGGACAUAUUUGUGGCGGGCAACGAAGAGGAGCAGGGAAAGGGUAGGCCUUUAGUUCUCAAGAACAAAUCUCCAAGAUGGCAUGAGCAGCUGCAGUGUUGGUGCCUGAACUUUAGAGGAAGGGUGACUGUUGCCUCCGUCAAGAAUUUCCAGCUGAUUGCUGCGACGCAGCCACCUGCAGCCGGUGCUCCUACACCGUCAUCGCAGCCAGCGCAGUCUGAUCAUGACAAGAUUAUUCUUCAGUUUGGCAAGGUUGGCAAGGAUAUAUUUACUAUGGACUAUAGAUAUCCCCUAUCUGCAUUUCAGGCUUUUGCCAUUUGCUUGACUAGUUUUGACACAAAACUAGCUUGUGAAUAGUGACAAUGAGAGGUGUGGUACAAAGACAAUAGGAUUCUAUCUCCAUUUAUUUAUUCACUGGGAGGUGAAGCUGCAUGGAGUCAUUUUACACCAGAGUAUAACUGUAAAGGACAGAACAACCUGUGCUCAAUGUAAUUUUUCUUAUAUGCUUUUCCUUUUCUUCUCUGCAGCAAACUAUCUAUGUGUUGCUUCCCUGCAGUGUAAUGGGCUUCUUCCUAUGGUAGGCUCUCCUGAACCAAAAAACACAUUAGUAUAUUUUGGUACUUCAUUAUUUUAAUUCAUGAAUAUAAAUUUCUCAUUAAGAUUUAA